AUGAAGGGCACAAUCAUCCGAGAGUCUGCUGCAAGGAGGGCCACCACGGUGCCGCUGGGCAACGGAACACAGCCCCGUAGGUAUAGUGGGUGUUUCGAUGACAGUAGAGAUGAGGUCAAGGAAUUUGUCUCAAGUCAUACGAAGAGCACUGGGCCCGGGUUUCCGACGGCGACCCGGGCCCCAGCUAGGCACGCACCCAGGUGCAGCCCGGGGCUGGGGCGCCGAGCCGAGCGCCAGGUGCAGGCGCUGCCCCGCCCUCCGCGGACCCGGGCCGGGAGUCGCGGAGCUGGGGAUGCACCGCCGGGACGGCGGCCCGAACCCCCGCCAACCGCGCUCCGGGGGCCGGUCCUGCCCGCGCCCUGCCCCCUCCCCGGGAUGCGCCACGACGACGCGGGCGCGCCCCGGGGCCCAGCACUGGGCCCGGGUUUCCGACGGCGACCCGGGCCCCAGCUAGGCACGCACCCAGGUGCAGCCCGGGGCUGGGGCGCCGAGCCGAGCGCCAGGUGCAGGCGCUGCCCCGCCCUCCGCGGACCCGGGCCGGGAGUCGCGGAGCUGGGGAUGCACCGCCGGGACGGCGGCCCGAACCCCCGCCAACCGCGCUCCGGGGGCCCCGGUCCUGCCCGCGCCCUGCCCCCUCCCCGGGAUGCGCCACGACGACACGCCCACCAUCCCUACCCGCCCUCGGCCGCGGUUCCCUCCGCCUCCCCGCCCGUCUCACCGGCCUCGCGCCUGCCUUCCAGACUCUCAGCGGUCAGUCCUGCCGGAGGCCGACGGGACCCGCCGCCGCCGCCGCCUCCCGCUCCCUCCUCCGCUUCCUCCCGGGUUCCUCCGGCUUCCCCUCACCCCCGCGAGUGGCCAGGAGGAAGCCAGCUCGCCGCUGGGCCUCCUCCCCGCUUCCCCGCCGCGACCAAUGGGCCCCCGCCGCCGGGAAGCCGCGCCUGCCCCCUGGCGGUGGAGGACCGAGCGGGCGCCCGGCCGGCCGGCGGGAAGGGCCGGAGAGCGGAGGGAGGGGUCGGGCCGCCGGCCCCCGCCCCGCGCUGCGCUGCCUGGACUUGCCACGUGGGUGCAGCAGCCGCGGCGGUUGGCGGCUGCUAG